CGGGUGUGGUGACUGCGGCACCGACUGAGACACCGACUGAGGAGGAUUGUGAUCGGCUGGUCAAGCUGCUCCCUGCCGACAAGCUCAGCACAGUCUUUGGUGAAUGGUUUCUCAUUGAGGGCUAUUCAGAUGACAAAGGUUUCGCGGAGAAACUUAGAAUGGGAAACAGCUCGAAGCUGGAGCUGCAAGCAACGUCAAGUGACAAGAAUGUGAUUUACAAAGAGGGAAACAUGAUUGACGACACCUGUGUUUAUUUCUCCAUUCAUAACAUGACGGUGAUAGAAAACACUAUACAAAUAACGAGGGAUGAUGGUAUUUCCAGGGGACACUUCCUGCAUGCCUGCCCUGACUGUCUCGUCAUGCACUUAAGUAACAUUAUCAACAUGGCUGGAGUGCCGAUACGAAUGGUCCGAUCGUUCUAUAUCUUUGGGAAAACUGACAAACUGCAGGAAUCAGAGCUGGAGCCAAUCAGAAAACAAGCCAAAUGCCUCAAGUUUCCUCAACCCGCACCGUUCAUCUAUGAUGGUGCUACAGAGUUUUGUACUGAAACGAAGAAUGACACUAGAUGAAAUGAAAAACUGGAUUAUGUUAGGAGAUACGAAAAUAAAACGGACAUGAGUAUAUCACCAACUGCUUUUAAUUUAAAUGUUGAAAUCUGUUGGGAAACGUUUAGUUAUGUUUGAGUGUUUGUUUGAUUGUUGGUAAUAAUGUGUUCAUUUGUGUUGUUUGUUGUCCAAUGUUUUCAUUUAAAAAUAAAUUUUUAAGAAUGUCGCAAUCACACUCGAACAAAAAAAUCCAACAGUUCCAAAACUGUACAGCAGGUGGGGUUGAGAACACAACUCACCUCGGCGGCGGCAUCACCUUUCCAAAGGAUGUCAUAUGUCCCCAAUUGUAAACUGUCCUGGGAUUGUCGUAUGUCUACUAAAUGUUACGUAACGAUAAGGACGUGGCACAGUGCCUAGUAGUAUACAGACGUUUUUUGCUUUCAAAGAAAUCCCCGGACUUCAUAGCGGGAGGUAUCAUGAAUGGAGUAAACAAAGGAGGAACUUUGUAUAUCACUUGUGGAUUCGUUUGAACGACAUCGCUAUUUUCAUCAAUACCAAAGUCAGACGAAAGGUUUCCACUGACUGUUUUAAGAGAUGAGAUGAGGUUCACUCAUGUCAAAUUUGGAUGUUUUCUGGCUUGUGUUAUUCUCUCUCUAACCUGGUACAACUCUUAUAAUGGACAUGGCGAGGGUGAACCGCCCCACCACCCCGAAAUAGUCCAUCUGUACGAGCGUCUGUUGGCUGUGGAGACCAGGGGAGAGCUGGUGUCCAGGGAGCUCACCAGUGUUCUGGUCAACCUGAGGAACCUCACCAGAUUACGUAUUAACAACACAUCCUCUAACAUCCCAGGACUGUUGAAGAGAAACCUCAGCCUGUUCUCCUCCAGACUGCCCAACACCUACCUGUACCUGCCCCACCUGCGGGACAACCCAGACGGCCUAAUUCCCCAUGUGGUGGUGGGUCAGGGUCGGACUGGAGUGUCCCUUGUUUUGGGGAUCCCUACAGUGAAGCGUCAGAAGCAAAGCUACCUGGUUAGCACCCUCAACUCCCUCCUGUUUGACCUUUCACCUUCCGAACGGAAUGACACCGUCAUCAUUGUCUUCGUUGCUGAGACAGACAUAGAGCAAGUCAACAGUGUAGGAGCACUCAUAAAGAAGAAUUUUCCCAAGGAUGUCCACUCGGGCCUGUUGGAGGUAGUGUCUCCGUCCCACGACUUCUACCCCAACUUCAGCAGACUCAGGGAAACCUUUGGAGACUCCAAGGAGAGGGUCAGAUGGCGGACCAAGCAGAACCUGGACUACAGCUUCCUGAUGCUCUACGCCCAGGCGAAAGGGACCUACUAUGUACAGCUGGAGGAUGACAUUGUGGCCAAGCCCGGCUACUCACAAGCCAUGAAGACAUAUGUCAGAUCGCUGGCUUCAGACGACUGGAUGUUCUUGGAAUUCUCUCAGCUCGGCUUCAUCGGCAAGAUGUUCAGAACCCGUGAUCUACCAAUGAUAGCCGAGUUCUUCCUGAUGUUCCACAGAGACAAGCCUAUUGAUUGGCUGCUGGACCACAUCCUGUGGGUGAAGGCUUGCAACCCAGAGAAAGAUGUGAAUGACUGCAACAAACAGAAGGGCCUCCUAAAACUGAGAUACAAACCUUCUCUGUUUCAACAUGUAGGACUUCACUCCUCGCUGCCUGGAAAACUUCAGAAACUGAAAGAUAAGGACUUUGGGAAGGCACCCCUUUUCACCGCCCACAGUAACCCUCCGGCCGAGCUGAGCAGCAGCCUUGAGCACUACCAGCAACACACCCUAGAACGAGCCUAUCGGGGCGAGGACUUCUUCUGGGGCUUGGCGCCCGUCGCCGGGGACUUCAUCCGGUUCAACUUCCCUGAGCCGUGUAAAGCCACCGGGUACCGUUUUCGUAGUGGGAACUUGGAGACCAACGGAGACAGGUUUUACAACACCACCGUGGAGGUGCUUCCCAGUGACGGCUCAGUGAGAGACGUCCUGGUCGGUGGUCAGUCUCCUCAGUACAAAGGAUCUCACGAUGGCUUCAUAGUGAUUGGGUCUUUUGUGGAUGGGUUGGCUGAGGGGGAGAUUCACACGCACAUUCAGCCAAUCUCUGCCAUGCGUCUGCUGGUCCACAGCAACUCAGAUGUAUGGGUUUUGCUCAGCGAGAUAUUUAUUAAAGUUUGAUGAGGGGAAGAGGAACCUGAGAGGACUCAUCUGUGACUCAUCCUGGAUGGACAGCGACCCCUGCUGGACAGCAGCCAGCGCUGCUGUUCGUUGAACGGCCCAGCACGCUGGUUUAGGUAGACCUAAGACCUAACUCUGCGAACAUCAGAUAAUUUUUCAUCCCAUGACUAUAAUGUGAAUCUGGAGGAGAGCAGUUCAUCUUUUCCUUUUCUAAAAAAAAAAAAAAUUAUAUAAAUUAAUGUCAACAUUUUAAGUUCUGUGAUGGGUGGGUUUUGUUUAUUUUCUCGACUGGAAAACCAAAAAGGACUUGGGAGUGUUAGAAUCAAAGAACAAUGUUACAAUUGGAGACAAUUUCAAUUGGUGCUCAGUGAAUGCAAUGGGGUGGGGUGUGUGUGUUUGAAAGAGAUAUGUAUGGACCAAAUUAUUGUUUUAAUGUGUGACUCAAGUUUUUGUUACAUUGUUUGCUCAAGUGUGCAUGGGUUCUUAUGCCUGGCCAACACACUGGAGAUCAGGUUAAUACCACAAGAUGCUGUUCUUCCACAUGCAAAUGUUCUAUCUUGGUGGUGAGCUGCUAUUUGAUUGGUUUCCAUGGAGACCACUGGGGAGCUGCCAUGUCAUAUGUACUGUAUGUAUAAUUCAUGACUAUGUGUUUUGAAUAAGGGUGAACGUAAAAGCAUUGUUGGUCGUGUAUUAA